AUGAACAACGCCGGCGAUGAGAGCGUCGCCGCCGUGCUCGAGACCUUCCACGCGAUGAAGCCCGAGAAAGCGAAACAGCAACGCGCCUCGCGCCUGCCUCCGUACCGGGGCACCCCCGUCAGAGCCGCGAGCACGACCAGUUUGGUCCCGCGCCUUCGCAAGCCGGUGGAGAAGCCCGACGCCCUCACGCGUGCGCAGGAGCUGCAGGUGACGGUCGCCGACCUCACGCAGCGCUUGCGUGCCAAGAGCGACCAGUGCGACGAGCUCCAUAGCUGCGUGAGCCGACUCAACAAGGAGCUACGCCUCUCGGUGGACCAAGCGUCGCUCCUUCAACACUCCACGGCCGAGAAGGACAAGGAAAUCCAGACGCUGCGGGCGCACGUCGACGACUUGUACCAAGUGCAGCAGCAGCUCCGCGCCGAGAGUCUCCAGUCCAAGGCCGCGCUCACCCGUCGACUGUCGGGCGACAUGGUCCUGCCACCCUCACCCGAGUCCAACGAGAUGCCGGCGCGGCGGACCUCGGUGGCGCUCGACGAUACGAUGGAGUGUCUGCGCCUCCAACUCGCGCAACUCGAUGCACAGUGCCAGACGCAAUCCAGUGAGCUGCAGCGAUCGACGGCCGAGAACACGGCGCUGCUUGCGUCGAUGCGGCAGUGGCAUGCGAUGCUGUCACUACCGCCCGAGGACGCGGACGAGGGGCUCACCGAGGCGCUGUCGCAGGCGCUGUCGCGUGAUGUUCUGGCGCAAGAUCGUCGUCGCGACGAGCUUGUAGCGACCUGCGACGCACAGCGUAAGGAACUCCUCGCCUUUCGUCUCGAGAAGGCUCUGCAGCAUCGGUACCGCGCCACCUCCGACUCGAUCUACGACUUGGAAGCUCAAGUGGAGGCACUGGCAGCAGCGAACGCGCAAUUGCGUGACGCAGCGCAGAACGAAGCGGCGAGAAGUGAGCUCUGGGCGACGCAGUGCAACGUCGUGCAAGAAGCCCUCGAGGCGCUCAGUGACCGGUGGGAAGCAUCUCUCGACGACGAGCGACAGGCGGCGGACGAGAAGCUCAGCGCUGCCCAUGAGCACAUUGAAAUGCUCGAGCAGCAGCUGCAAGAUGAGGCCAGAGACCACGAGGCGGUGGUGGAAGCGUACGCAGCGUGCCGAGAGGACCUGCUCCAGGCCCAAGAGGCGCUGAACGCGGCCACAAACCACUGCGAGUUUGUGCAGAGCCAGCUCCAAAAGCUCCAGUGGACGCGCUGCCAGGCGCGCUGUCGAUGCUGUGACGAGAGCACGCAGACGACAACAACAACGACGACAUCCGACGGAUCAACGCCUUGUCCGGAGGACGUGCCACGUCACGAGGCAGUGAGCUCGAUAGCAAGUGGCAUCGUGGCGGCGGGCGACUUUACGCCGGCGGUUGUCGGCGGUGCCAGCGUCCUCCCCGAUGACACAAGUACUCUGAGCAUCCAUAGCGGUGAUGCAAGCAACGACAAGAAGAUCGGCUCGACAAAAAGCAGCAAGCAAGGACCAUCGCCGGUCAAGGCGACGUCCCAGUGGAUCACGGUCAUCGAGGCGAUGCAGGCCAACCACGAGCUGGAACUCGACGUCCUCCGGUCGGACGUCGCGGACGCCCUUACCAAGCUUGCGGCGCGCGACGCCGAGGUCGACCAGCUCGCCUUGGACCUUGAGGCGAGUCACUGCGCGGCGGGCAAGCUGCGCGUCGACUAUGACGUGGCAGCGGGUGGCCCGUGGGCGCCAAUAGCAGCCUUUCCACAGACACCAGGCGGUCGCCUUCUUGCAGUUGCGUGCGAGACGUUUGAAGGCGUCGACAGCGAAAGUCCAACCGAGAUGAUCGCACCGACGAUCGCCGUGCUGCUCGACGACCUCCCGCCUCCACAAGAACGCACGGUCGCGCUCGAAGCACGCGCGCUUGAAAUGGUUCUGGAAGAGCUUGGGCUCGCGCACGCCGACGUCGAGUCGCACCGCGUCUGCGUGCGCGAUGUUCAGAUGCAACUCCUCGCGACAGAAUCGCAGCUCGCGAAAGCCGUCGAAACAAAUCACAUGCAAGCAGAAGAGACUGCGUGCCACCGCCAAGUCCACAGUCCUCUUCGCGACGACCUGCUCCGAAGCGCAUCACCUGUCGACCUCGGCGAUUGCAGCACCGAGACAGAGCAACUGUACAUGCACAUUGAAGACCUCCGAGCAACCCACAUUGCGUCGACCGAUGCAACCCAAUUGGCAAUGACGCUUCUACAGAGCGAGGCCACCACCCGUGCCGCCGAAGCCGACAUCCGCAUUGCACGGCUCACAUCGGCGUUAGACGAGGCAGAAAAGACGAUGAUUUCGCUGCGUCAUCGCGCUGCGACGCAAGACGCUGCGCUCAUCGAGGCUUACGCUGCGCUCACGAAGCAAACGGAGGAGCUUGCGACUUGCUACACCGAGAACGCAAGUGCCCAAGCGCGCAUCGCGGCGCUUGUGGCCGACCACGCGGCUGUCGUUGAGCAAUUGGAGCAGCACGGUAUGCAGAGCGAAGAGUUGUCGCCGGUACGAGGGCUGCAGGACCUCGUUGCGCGCCAAGAGACGUGCUUGGCAACAAUGGCCGAAGAAAAGGUCACGCUGCUCGACCACUUGCGCACGCAAGCCAUCGAGUUGCAGCAACUGCUCUCGCCGGACGUGACAACGAUCGGUGGCAAGGCCGACGAAGCGUGCCCGACGCUGCUAUUGCACCAAGAGCUUGUGCACCAACUCUCGUUGCUCGUGCGCACCUUGCAGUACGACGUGGAAAUGUACAAGGCGACGAUCGAGACGCUCGAAGCCGACCGCCGCGUGCUUACGUGCGAAGACGACGAGUGGCCGCGCCGCAUCGAGCUCUCCGCGGAGAUCCGAGCACCGAUGGCCACCGACGACGGCGACGUCGGUCCGUGGGAGACAGACAUGGACGCGACGCCGUGCCUCGAGCGCGGGCUCUGGACGAUUCUGGAGACGACCGACGACGACAGUGAACCGGUUGAUACCACCAUAAGCCCUGGCUGUGUGUGGGGAACCGAGCUACCCGCGCUACGCUCCGAGCUCGAGCUUCUCAACGUCGAUUUAACGACGUCGGCGAUGGACACGGACGUGCUGCAGCACCUUGCCGACCGCCUCGACCACCAUGAAGGUGCUUUAAGACCGACCACCGAGGCCGAGUCGGAGAUUGUGGCCCUCUUGCACAACACCCAGUGCCUCCUGACGCGUCUCCUCGCCUCGGCAACGACGCCGCAGGAGCCGGUGGCAACCGACAAGACGAAGCUCGAGGCGCCCGACGAAGCCGAGUGCCGCAUCCGUUGUUGGGACGCCGUCGACGCGCCGACGACCGACAUCGAUGACGAGCCAACGCCAGCUCCCCUUGGGGUUGUCGUUGUGCACAUCGGCAGCCACGAGAUCCAGGCCGGUGUCGUGCGCAGUGGCACGAGCCAAAGCGUCCCCGACCUCCGGCUCCUGACCAAGCACAUUGAUGCCCGGUCGCCUGCGGCACCGCUCUUGCGUCUCGGUGCGAUCGAGGACUUUGACGCGUUCGAGGCGACGCUGCGCCGCGUCUUUUCGCUGCUCCAGGUGGCGCCGCCCCAGUACAAGAUGGUGCUCUUGCACAAGCCGUCCAUCUCGCCGCUCGAGAAAGAACGCAUGGUCGAAAUGGCCAUCGAGCACUGCCGCGCGGCCAGCGUCAACCUCGUGACGCACGCCCAAGUCGCGCUCGUGGCUGCCGGUCGCCACACGGGUCUCGUCGUCGAUAUUGGCGUCGACACGCUUUACGUGGUGCCCAUCUUUGAAGACAUGGUCCUCGAGCAUGCCGUCGUCAAGCUUGCGCUCGCGUCUCCCGUGUGGUCUGCGUCCGAGGCGUCCGAGGCUCGAGCGCUGGACCGCCUCUUCGAACCCGACGCUGCGCAGUGUACGAAGAUCGCCAUGGCGUCUGAGAUGGGGAGUGAUUGCCUGGCCGUGUAG